AUGAGUACAAGAAAACUUCAACAAGAGUUUGAUAAAACCAACAAGAAAAUAGCGGAAGGAUUACUGAUCUUUGAUGAUAUUUUUGAUAAAUUGAUGACUACUGAGAUUAGUUCUCAAAAGGAGAAAUUAGAAAGUGAUUUAAAGAAGGAAAUUAAAAAAUUACAAAGACUGAGAGAUCAAUUAAAACAAUGGUUAGGAGAUGGUAGUAUUAAAUUGGAUAAGAAUCUAUUACAAGAUAAUCGUACUAAGAUUGAACAUGCUAUGGAUCAAUUUAAAGAUUUAGAAAAAUCAUCCAAAAUAAAACAAUUUUCAAAUGAAGGAUUAGAAUUACAAUCUCAACAACGAAGAUUUAAUAAAUUUGGUGAAGCAGAAGAUGCUAAAAGACAAGAAGCUUUCAAUUAUUUAAGUGAUAUCAUUGAUCAAAUCCAACAACAGAAUGAUAAUUUCGAACAAGAAGUAAAUGGUUUAACCGCCUCUUUAAAAAAGGCCAAAUCAUCCAAUAUUUAUUCAAUUCAAUCUCAAAUUGAUGAUAUGAAAUAUAAAAUGGAAAGAAAUAAUAAUCAUAUUGAAAGAAUCGAAACCAUAUUAAAUAAUCUUGAUAAUGAAAAAUUGGAUCCUAAUAAAGUUGAUGAUAUUAAAGAUGAUUUAGAAUAUUAUGUGGAAAAUAAUCAAGAAGAAGAUUAUGUAGAAUAUGAUGAUUUUUAUGAUCAAUUAGAUAUUGAAGAUACUGAAAUUGAAGUUCAUGGUUCAUUAUCUCAAAUGGCAGUUGAUCCUCUGGAAUAUGAACCUAAAUUACCUGAACAAGUGGCUGCCGCUGGUAAUGCUCCAAUAACACCAUCAAAAAAUGAUAAUGUUACUAAAACAGUAUCUAAUACUUCAACUGGAAGUGGUUCUGCCAUAACUACAGCAGCAGUGGCAUCAGCUUCAGGUAUAACUUCCAAUGCAGCAUCGGCAGUAACUACCCCUACUAAGAAAGUUAUAAAACCAGCAAUGGUACCAUUAGUAUCAACUACAACUACAACUACAACUAAUAAUGAAUUAAAAGAAGGCACACCACAGCCAGAUUAUAUUCAUGAUAAUAGUUUGAAUAAAUUAAGAAAUCUUUUCCAAUCUCGUAUUCGUAAACCAUUACCAUAUUCAACUGUGAGUCAAAUGCUUGAAGUUUCAUUAAAUAAUUGUCCAGAUUCUCAAGAUAGUGAUAAACCACGUCAAUAUAACCCACAAACCAUUCAUCCUUCAUCAGUUGAUUAUCCUCAAGAACCAAUGUUUGAAUUAACAUCGAGUAAUAUUUUUAAGAAAUUCGAUAAUGAUACGUUAUUUUUUUGUUUUUAUUACAGUGAUCGUAAAGAUCAAAUUCUGAGAUAUAAUGCCGCAAAGGAAUUAAGUAAUAGAGGAUGGAUAUUUAAUAAUGAAUUAAAACAAUGGUUUCAAAGAGAAGAGAAGAAGAAUCUUAAAUUAAAAAUUAAUGAUGAUGAUGAAUUGAAAGAAAAUAAUUAUAAAUAUUUUGAUUAUGAAAAGACAUGGUUAACUAGAAGAAGAGAGAAUUAUAUAUUUGCUAAAGAAUUAAGAGAAACUUUUUAA